AAGAAGGACAGGCGGCGGGAGGACAGGAGGCUGAAGAGGCAAGAAAGGAAGAAAAAUGCCAUGGUAUGUUUCCACUGUAGAGAACCUGGCCAUGGUGUUGCUGAUUGUCCUGCAGUACUUGAAAGCCAAGAUAUGGGUACAGGGAUCUGUUACCGGUGUGGAUCCACAGAACAUGACAUCAGCAAAUGCAAAGCAAAAGUAGAUCCAGCAGUUGGGGCAUUUCCGUACGCAAAAUGUUUCAUCUGUGGCGAGAUGGGGCAUCUGUCAAGGUCAUGUCCGGAUAAUCCCAAGGGAUUGUAUGCUGAAGGUGGUGGCUGCAGACUUUGUGGCUCUGUGGAGCACUUCAGAAAAGACUGUCCAGAAAAACAGAACGCAGAUCAGAUUACGGUUGGGCGAUGGACCACUGGAAUGAGCGCAGAUUAUGAACAAAUUGCAGAGACACCAAAGCUGCAAAAGCCAAAAGCGAAAGUACCCAAAGUUGUUAGUUUUUGA